CGUAAAUGUUGGUGGGAGACUUCCGGCGGAAGUAAACAACGAGGUGCUAGCAGCGUUAGCUUCCAGGUUUGCUUGUUCAUCGUCGGUCAGAAGUCUGUUUUUGCUGUAAACUGAAUAUUUCAGCGUCUGCAGCAACAAUAUCUUCGCUUCAUCACCAGAGAGCGACUAACUGCUGAAGAAAUAUUCAGAACCAUCGUCCAGGAGGAGGAAGAGACCGAGCAUCAGCUCAGACUGCUGGAUAGCAGCUGGAGAACCCGAACCGGGUCAGAACCUCCAGUUCUUCCACAGCAUCAUGUCCGUUACUACAUGGGAGGUUGUGGCUGAUCAUGUUUUCAUGACUGAAAAGAACGUCACCAUUGAGACAGCAAAGGAAAUCGAAGUGAAAGAGGAACAGGAGGAACUAGAACCCCAGCAGAUGACUGAGACGUAUGACGAACCAGAACCUCGAGCAGUUAAAGAAGAACGGGUUGAAGUGUUGGUCUUUCAGGAGGAAGGGCAGCUUUCAGUGAAGCAGGAGACCAGCACCUCUGUGGUGACUUCUGCUUCUGAGGAAAUAUUCCACAGUGGACCAGAACUGCUGCAGAUGGUGGCGACAAAAGAGGAAGCAGAAUCUGAGCCGAUAAAAGAGGAGAAACCAGAAUCUGUACAGAUUAAACUGAAACAAGAAGAUCUCUGCAGUGGUCAGGAGGAAGAUCAGCCUACAGUGAAGCAGGAGACUCACAUCUGUACUGUGAUUCCUCCUUGUGAGGAAAACUACAACACUGAACCAGAACCAAACCAGAACCAACUUCUCUCUGCAAACUGCCCCGAGGCUGAGAGCGAACAUCAGGAAGGACGCAACCAGAAAGACUUGGGAUCAAGUGGAGAUAACAAUCUGGAGCCAGAGAAAAGACAUCAGCACACCAAAGAUCACCAGGACAAUGUGAACAGUUCAAAAGUAAAGAGACAUGAAGCAGAAUUGUCGUCGUGUGAAGUAUGUGGUAAAUGUUUCACAAAGCGUAAGUACUUGACGGACCACAUGAGAACGCACACAGGGGAGAAGCCGUAUAUUUGUACAUUUUGUGGUAAAUCUUUUACUAACCAUAGUAAUAGAGCUAAACAUCUGAGAACUCACACUAAUGAGAAACCACAUCCCUGUGACCUGUGUGAUAAAUCUUUCAGACAGCCUAACGAGUUGGCUCGUCACUUUAGAACCCACACAGGUGAGAAGCCUUUCUCAUGCCUGACCUGUGGAAAAGAUUUCACUCAGCAGUCUAACCUAACAGUGCACAUGAGAUCUCACACUGGUGAGAAGCCAUACUCAUGUAACUUUUGUGGUAACACUUUCCGAUAUGGUGGGCAGUUGACUAUUCAUGUAAGAACUCACACAGGUGAGAAGCCUUUCUCUUGUCAGACUUGUGGAAGAGGUUUUGCCAAGCAAAGUGCCUUGGCUGAGCACAUGAGAACCCAUACAGGUGAGAAGCCGUAUCCAUGUAAGUUGUGUGAGAAAUCUUUCAGAAAAAGUAGUGCUUUGGCUUAUCACACGAGAACUCAUAUGAGUGAGGGGCCAUGAAUUGCAUGAUAAACUUUCUAUAAGGCGUCGUGAUUUAGUGAGUGUUUUCUUCUAAAAUGUGUGGUAAACCCUUCUGUUUUAAUAGUGCAUUAAAUUAUCAGAGGAAAACUCCCCACAAGCUAAAAGCUGUAUCCUUCUGAGGGCUUUAGUGCCAUCUACUGGACUUAUAAAUAUGGGCUCUUUUCAGAUCAGGACAUAUGACAUUUUGAUAAGUUUGGAUGAAGAAAUGUAUUAUUAUUAUUAUUAAUGACACUAUAUAUAAUUACUCAAAUCCAUUGCCAGCUAUCUGUCUGCGGUACAUGAGACCGACGGAUAGCUGAAGCGGCUGAUAUGACCAAAUCCUACCAAUGGCUAGAGAGGGCAGGACUGAAGGACAACACUGAAGCUCUGAUCACAGGACCAGGCCUUGAGCACCAGAGCAAUAGAGGCCCAGAUGCACCAGGCCAGGCUAUAUAUA